GCAAACGCAUGAGUUUCAGGUCUGCUCACUGUGUUUGUCUUCUCGUUUGGAUUUCUGGAUUUGUCAUCGCCUUCAGCCCAUUGWUUGCCACAAGCUACUUUAAAGAUCAAGCCACUGGGUUCUCAUUCUACGGACGGUCGACCGUUUGCAUUCCUUUUCAGCUUUCCUYAGAACGACCUGCAGGAUGGGAGUACUCCGUCGCCAUGUUCAUGGCCUUCAACGGUGCUGCCUUUUUAUUUAUCCUCGUUGCUUAUGUAGCAAUAUUCAUUAAAGUCCAGCGCUCCGCCAAAAGAGUCCAGUCAUCGAGAGAACCAUCGUCACUGGGGACAAGAAUUUUGUUCAWUGUCCUGACAGAUUUUUGCUGCUGGAUGCCAGUCAUCGUGCUUGGUAUUCUAUCGCUUACUGGAAAGUUUAACGACCCAACAGGACAAGUGUAUGCUGUGAUUGCUGUAUUKGUUCUACCAGUGAAUUCCUCCAUCAAUCCUGUCUUAUAUACGUUUGCUACGCCACAAGCAAAGAAAUUAUACCAACAAAUGAUGCAAGGACUACGAAACAAAUUCCAGAAAGUGUCAUGGCCAUGGAAGCGAAACAGAGCACCCAACGAGAAUCCUGUCGACGGAGAUGAAGCAGACGAAAUGCAAAAUGCUCUUGAAUUAAGAGAGAUUCGGUGAACSUGUGUAAUAGCUAUAUUUCUUGAGACGUCCACCAUUUUGACUGUACCUAGCCAAGAAUAGYGGUAAGCACUGAUAUGGCGUUUAUCGAGAAAACUAUGCAACUUUACUGUUGGUGUCAUGUAGCCAAUUUAUAUAUCAAUAGAUAAUUAAAAUUGACCAAUCCAGCAGCACAAUAGAAUAAUUUACACUUUUCAAACGUGACUGAAGGUAGCUGUUUCGCCGAGGGAGUCGCGCUUUGCCGAAUUUUUUUGACAUUUAMAAGGCUCGAUAAAUUUGUUUUUCUUCUUUUAUUUUUUUUCACAAAUUUGUGCAGUUGUGGUUUGUAUAGUGAUUUACGCAUGAUCAGAUCCCGUGAGUCAGCUAAUCAGAUUGUACAAUUUUCAAAAUGUUUUUAAGUAUAUAUGGCUUCAACUUUGAGUUCCUUGCUUUUCCGUACCAUGUUUUACCGAGUAACUAUAUAGAUAUUCUSAUUGCUGCUUGUAUUUUUGUGUCCACCGUUAUAAUAGUGAUAUACUCUUUUGUUGUUGACGUUAAUUUGAUUGAAAAUCUUUUAUCCUAUUUAUAAGUGGUUUGUUGAAUCAACCAUGAAUAAUUUUUAAAACUUUAUUCCAAGCU